GGGCUCGGGCGGGCGCUCAGACACCCUCCGCUCUGCGGGGAGCAGGAACGCGUGUGCCCUCCCCGCCGCCGAGCAGCACCUCCUGGGGCAAGGCAGCGAAAACUGUUGCUCCAAACUUGAGGGCUCUGCGUAAAUCGGCUCUGAAGGGACCCGGACCCGGACGCGAGGCUGUGUCAGUGCUCAGGGGACUGAAGCCCGGACCAUCCCGAAUUGACACAGGGCUCUGCACUGUCCUGUAGCAUCUCGGUGCUCUUAGGACCCAAGAGAUGCGUUUCAGAGAGGAUUGCCAGGUGCUCCUAAAUCAGAUGAAAGAGAUCACAGGAAUUCAGGAUUCAGCAUUCCUGCUUGCUGCUCUAAAGGCUGCUGAUGGAGAUCUCAUGGAAGCAGUCACCUUCCUGACAGAGGACCCUGCUCCAGAGCCGGUGCAGAGCGCAGCUGCUGCAGAGCCAUCCGCCUGGGAAGGGAGUGUGGUGGGCAAACAGCUCCCACAGGAUGUUGGUGCUGCACCUGCCCCUCACAACCAAGACAGCCUCCGCACAGCCAACACUGUCAGACCACUGGAAUCACCCAAAGCCUCAGCUGCAGAAAGGGAUGCAGCUGAAAGACCACAGGACGCCCAUUCUGCUGAAAACAAAAACCGCUCCAAAAGGAAACGCUGCGAAGUCUGGGGAGAGAGCCCCAAGCAGAGUGACUGGAGAAGAGCGGGUGACUGGCCUGUUGGAAUGAAAAAUAUAGGAAAUACGUGUUGGUUUAGUGCUGUUAUACAGUCUCUGUUCCAGUUGCCAGAUUUCCGGAGGCUGGUCCUUGGCUACUCCCUCCCACAGAAUGUGCUUGAAAGUUGUCGUAGUCACACUGGAAAAAGAAAUAUUGCAUUCAUGCAAGAACUGCAGUGUCUGUUUGCAUUAAUGCUGGGGACAUGGCGUAAGUUUGUAGACCCUUCUGCAGCACUGGAACUCUUGAGGGACGUGUUUAGAUCAGCUGAACAACCACAGCAAGACGUGAGUGAGUUUACACACAAACUACUGGACUGGCUGGAGGAUGCAUUCCAGCUCACUGUGAAUGUCACGAGCCUUGGGGACAAAUCCGAAAACCCAAUGGUGCAGCUCUUCUACGGGACUUUCCUGACUGAGGGUGUCCAUGAGGGCAACACUUUUUCCAAGAUUGAGACCUUUGGUCAGUAUCCCCUUCAGGUAAAUGGUUACCGGAACUUGAAUGAGUGCUUGGAAGGAGCCAUGGUGGAGGGAGAGAUGGAUGAGGCAACAGCAUCUCAGUCAGUGAAGUAUGGACAGGAGCGCUGGUUUACAAAACUCCCACCAGUUCUGACCUUUGAACUCUCCCGAUUUGAGUUCAAUCAGUCACUAGGACAGCCAGAGAAAAUUCACACCAAGCUAGAGUUUCCCCAGACUAUGUAUAUGGACAGGUACCUCUACUGCAAUAAAGAUCUUAUUCAGAUGAAAAGAGAGGAAAUGAAGAGAUUGAAGGAGAAAAUGGUGACUCUGCAGCAGAAACUGGAAAGGUACAUGGAAUAUGGCUCUGGCCCAGCCCGCUUUCCACUGCCGGACAUGCUGCAGUAUGUGCUCGAGUUCAUUGCCACAAAGCCAGCUGGGGCUGUUUCCUCUGCUCAGAGCUCUCAAACAGCUCCCCUGCACUCCCAGGCCAAGCCUAAUGUUUUGGAUGUGCUUUCACAGCCAAACGGCAUACAAGAAAGGACUGAUGCUAGGACUGAAGAUGAAGCUUUCUUUGUGGCAAAUUCUUCACCACAGCAGAGCUCCAGUAUGGAUCUCCAGCCUCCUGUUUCACCUGCAGAGCUGUCUGAGCGUCCAGCUCCUCACGUGGUCUCCAGGGAAGAGCUGAACCUGGUUCAGACGUGUCUGCAGCGAUGGAGAAACGAGAUCGAGCAGGACGUGCAAGAUCUGAAGGAGUCUAUUGCCAGAAUCAACCUGUCCAUUGAACAGAUGUACUGUGACCCUCUCCUCCAGCAGGUUCCCUAUCGUUUGCAUGCAGUCCUGGUCCAUGAGGGGCAAGCAAAUGCAGGGCACUACUGGGCCUUCAUCUAUGACCAGCGCCGUAAAAGAUGGCUCAAGUACAAUGACAUCUCAGUGACAGAGUCGUCGUGGGAAGAGCUGGAGCGAGAGUCAUUUGGAGGCUUGAGGAAUGCCAGUGCCUACUGCCUGAUGUACAUCAGUGACCAGGUGUCCCCUGUUGGUGCAGAUGAGGAUGAGGGCCCAGAGGCGAGACAGCUCCAGAAGGAAGUGGAAGCUUUGUCCCCAGAACUGAGACACUACAUCCAGGAGGACAACUGGCGCCUGGAGCAGGAGGCAGAGGAGUGGGACGAGGAGCAAUCUUGCAAGAUUCCUCAGAUGGAGCCUUCACCUACUUCUGAAUUGCAGGACCUCUCUUCUGAGUCAGGACCAGAGCAAUCCCCAGUGUGUGAGCCGAGCGUGCACUCCCUGUCCUCGGAGCAUGCCAGGAUUGCCAAGGAGCAGACUGCCAAGGCCAUUGCCAACACUGCUGAUGCCUACGAGAAGAACGGCGUCGAGGCAGCUCUGUGCGAGCGCAAGGAGGUAGAGCCACUGAAGGCCCAUCCAGAAGAAAUAUCCCCCACAGUUCAGGCAGAGCAGCCCCAGGACACUCAGGAAGCAGAGGCUGCUGCCCAAACUAGCUCACAGGUCUCUGAAGUGGAAAUCCCCAGUGUGGGGAAGAUUCCCGUUAGAUCCGAUGCAGAUGGAUAUAAUGAGGAGGUGAUGCUGAGUCCAGCCAUGCAAGGUGUCAUCCUGGCUAUUGCAAAAGCCCGCCAGACCUUUGAUCGUGACGGGUCUGAAGCAGGGCUUGUUAAGGCAUUCCACGAGGAGUACUCCCGGCUGUACCUGCUUUCCAAAGAGACCCCGACCCCCCAGAACGAUGCCCGCUUGCAGCACGUGCUCAUCUACUUCCUGCAGAACAACGCUCCGCAGCAGGUGGUGGAACGGACCCUCCUCGAGCAGUUUGCAGACAAAAACCUCAGCUACGAUGAACGGUCCAUCAGCAUCAUGAAGGUGGCACGGGCAAAGCUGAGCGAAAUCGGUCCUGAUGAUGUUGACAUGGAGGAGUACAAGAGAUGGCACGAGGACUACAGCCUUUUCCGCAAGGUGUCCAUUUACCUGCUGACGGGGCUGGAACUGUACCAGAAUAGAAAGUACCAAGAGUCACUCACCUACCUGGUCUACGCCUACCAAAGCAACACCAAACUGCUGCUGAAGGGAACCAACCGCGGCGUGAGCGAGUCGCUGAUCGCCUUGUACCGGAGGAAAUGUCUCCUGAAGCUGAACGAGGUGGCAGCUUCUCUUUUUGUCAGCUGUGAAGAAGCUCAUGUGUCAGAGGGUGUGAGCAUCCUGAAUGAGCUGAUCAUCCCCUGCAUGCAUCUCAUGAACAACUUUGAGAUCUCCAAAGAGGACCUGGAUGCCAUCGAGGUCAUGAGGAACCGCUGGUGCUCCUAUUUGGGACGAGAAGACAUGGACGCAAAGCUGCAGAUGAAGCUGGGAGAGCUGCUGCCCCGGCUCCUGGACGGCUCCACCGAGGUCAUUGUGCUGAAGGAGCCCCCGAAGAUCCGGCCCAACUCCCCCUACGACCUGUGCAGCCGCUUUGCGGCCGUCAUGGAGUCCAUCCACGGCGCCUCGGCCGUGGCCGUGCAGUAACCGCGGGCGGGCGCGCCGGGGCUGCAGCGGGAGCAGAGGGGCCCUUGGGAUUCCAAGCUGUGUUCUUUGUAAAUACGAGCGGUUAAAAAGCAGUAUUGCACUUGUGAGGCAGAACGUAAGGCGGCAACACGAAGGACCUGGACCACUGUUACAGUGCAAGGCGCAGCAGCACCGUGGGGCCCAGCCGUGCUCCAGAGGCUCCUCUGUCCUGGCAGCCCUGUAGCUGCAGCCCCUGGGCCACAGGAGCCCAGCUCUGUCAGCGCUGGGGCUGCACCUCCACAGCUCCCUGAACGGCCACUGCCAGAGGCUGCGUGUUCCAGUCCAGCCACACUCCUGCUCGCAGGAGCCCGGGCUGAGUGAGGAGGAGGCAGCAAGGAGCAGUAGCUCGUGCUCUGCAGCGUGGGCAGUCAUGCACGCAGCUCUGUGUGGUGGUCAAGUCAAGCAGGCUUUUGCCUUUUGUAUUCCAGCUGGCACCAGAAACCACACAGGAGCCUUCCUUGAAGAGACAGGCAAAUCCUGGCAGUGAGGAGCCAGGACGGGGCUGUGGGUUUGUGCCUGGCAGGAGCUGACUGGCUCAGGGCAGUCACAUCACCCCAAAGGAUAUUCCCCUUGUGGCCGGAAAGCAAACUUCCUUCUCCCCUCGGGUGGUGGGUCAGGGCUGGAUUACUGUCAAUGGCAACUGGAGGACUCAGAUCAGCCCCUUGUGUUGGUGGUGGGCGUUUGUGUUGACUUUGUUAACAGAGUGCCCAGUUGGCAUUUCCUUUUGCGGUCACCCUGUGCUUGCAUUUGAGCUGCAGCACUUGUAAGCCAAAAGUUCUGAGUCAGUGGAGGGGGAUCCUGUUUUUUGGAACUAUGCAGAGUUUUCUAACAGUGCAAUAAAAGCAUUUGUUCUAUGUUAGAAUGAAAAAGCUCCUUCCAUGUCUUUAUUCCACUCUAGGGUUCUGCCUGAAGGUUCCCUCUGUACAAAAUGUGUUGUCAUUGGCAGAGCUGCCUUAAAGGUGGUUCCACCAUCCUGUCAGGGGGUGUUUCCCCAGUAUUUAGGAAUAAAAUGCUCAUGUGGGAGAAUCUCACACUCUCCUGGUGACUUAAUGAUGAAGUAGAACUGCUUUUAUCCACAGGUAGUCUGGCUGCCAGUGUCCCAGCAGUGACCCGUGCCUCCUCAGGGACCAGGGUGCUGCAGUGCCAGUGCUGCUGUUGCAGCUCGUUCCCCCCAUUGUUGUGACAGAGCAGUGGGAUGAGGCCUUCACCUUCCUGCUCAGGGUGCUUGGCCUUCAAUGAAGGGAAAGGUCUUGAACAGAGCCCCCAGGCCAUCACCCACCCAGAGGCAUGCUACCUCCUCCCAGGCAACACUUGGCAUUGCCAGGCAGCUUUUGUGCACUUGCAGGCAGUAGGAUGUGGUUUGAGAAGAGGAGAGCCUGUUUGUUCUGACUCGUGAAACAGUGGCUUUGCCCUGUUCUUUGUGCUGCUGCCAGAAGCUGAAAUGCCCAGCCCAUGCCCACAGCCUGUUUUAAGGAACCAACAAAGAGUGUCAGGAGUGGUGCUGGGGACGUCAUGGUAUUUGGGCUGAGCUGGACAGGAGGAGCAUUCCCAGGCUGAAAACCUUUGCUCACUGUCCUGUUCUCCCAUUUCUCAAGGGAGUCGGAGCCAAAACAGGCUCUGUGCUCCCUGGGUUGGUCAGCCCUCCUAGGGAGCUGGCAGGGGGUGCAGCUCCUUGGGAGGGGAUGGCCAGGAACAGUCCCCUCAGUUGUACCUUGUUUGAUUCUCUUUCAGAAGGACUGAGCACCUGCCUCUUCCACUUCACUCUCAGCAGCACCAGAACUGCCUGGGAUCAUCACUGUUCCCUUCCCUUGCCCAUCUGCUCCUUCCUCUCCUCCAGCUGAGCAAAGUGCAGGUUUCAAAAUGGGACUUAGAGCGAGUGGACUUUGCUUUCCCCAGGGCUGGGCCUGCCUUGAGGUGGGUCACGCGCCCACGGCUCUGAGCUGCAGGGAUUAAACCAGCGGUGAACUCCGUGUCCAACCAGUGCCGUAGCAGCAGCCGGCCCCUGUCAGGACUCCGGGUGCUAAUCCAGCCUGAUGGUCCAUGCUCUUGCUCACAGAGGUGUGUAAUCAGCCUUGAUUUUUACAGCUGAAUCAGGAAAAUGUGGAAGGAACAGUUCGGACCAGCAAAAACCCUUUCUUGCCUCUUGUGCACAGGUAAAAGAUGCAGUCAAGGAACUUUUGACACAAAGGUCUGUGGCUUAUCGGCUUUAUCAUCUUAGCCAUGAGAAGAUGAGGCUCCUUCAGGGCACACGGUCACUGCCAUCCCGCCUUUGCAGCAGGAGUAGAACUUGGUGCUGCCUUGUCUCAUUUUCCUCCUUCCCCCUUUUUGUCUAUUUUUCUCUCUUUUCCUCCAAUCUUUUCUGGACCAACCAAAGCAUAGCUGCAGCAGCAGUGCUGCCCAUUGCUGCUCCCACCCUGCAUCCCACCUCUCCAAGGUACAGCUGCACGUUCAGAGCACAGACACACUGCCAACGGACAUGAUAAUUUAUUGCAAAUAUUUCAGAGCAACACAGACAUGCAAGGAAAGAGCUGCUGCACUGGGGCACAGCAUGAGCCACAUCAGGCUUGGCUGUGGGGGCCUUGCCAGAGAUGCCAACACAGUGUCACCCAUCAGUGAUGGUACCACGGUGUCACCAACAGUACAAAGCGCUGCCCGCUGCUUGUUGCCUUCCCAUUCUUGCUUGGUGAGUGCUGCAGGGAAAUCUGCUGCUCCUUAACAGAGAAAAGGUGAAGCAGACACACAGAGGAAGGAGAGAAACCUGCGGAGCUGCCGUAGCAAUUAGCAAAUCAUCCCGUGAAACAAGCAGGAGCCCUCCCUGCCAGGGGAAGAGCCCACGAGGUGCACAGGGCACAGCACCCGAGGCCCUAGAUGACCAAGUCUGCGUUUUUGGGGUGCAGGUGGUGGCCCCUGGGCAGCCCUGGUGCCGCGGGGCCCUGGUGGCCGGCGGGGGCCAGCGGCGCGUCGGUGCUCGGGGCGCGGGCGCUGCAGGCGAGGAGCAGUCCUCCAGCGGCCAGGAAGGCUCCAGCAAACCAGCCCAGGAAGGUGGCCUCCCCAAACUCCCACCUGGGCACGAUGUCGGGGACAGUCUCGUCCCAGAAGUCGAGGACGGUGUUGUAGGCGACCCAGGAGACCGGCACCAGGGUGGUGAUCCCUGCCAGGCCCAGCGUCGCUCCCCCGCCAAGCAGGAGCCGCCGCUUUCGCCCGGGUUUGUCCUCGCAGGUUCUCCAGCCCUCCAGCCCCAGGGCAGCCAGGAGGCAGCCCAGCAGCCCCAGCCCGUUGGAGAGGCACAUCAGGAGGCGAGAGAUGCGCAGCUCGGGAGGCAGCGCCAGGAAGGAGCCGUGGGCUUGGCAUUCAAGCACCCCCUCCUCCUGGGUGAUGCAGACCUGCCAGAGCCCCAUGUUCCAGACCUCCAUCUCGUUCAGGUCCAGGUUGAGGUUCUUCCAGAGCGGCACGAAGGUGGUGACGCAGGAGCUGAUCCACCCGAGGAGAGCCAGCAGCAUCCCCCCGCCCUGCGCCUUUGCCCCCCAGCCCCCGGCCAUGCCGUCGCCGCCCCGCUAAGCUGCGGGCCCGGAUCAGCCGCCCCGAGCGGCGGCCGCGGGCAUUAACGCUUGUGGAGCAGCGUCCGCCCGGCCGCCGGCCGCGUCUGCCGCCCGGGGGGGCGAAUUCAAGCCUGUUCCUCCAACGCCGGGGUGUGGCCACGGUCGUUUUUCAGCUGCUGUUGGUUUUUCCAUGCUAAAAGGAGAGCCCGGCUCAGCAGGAAAAGCCGGGUGCAUCCCCCCGGUAGCUCCGGGCUGGGUCCCGCCGCUGCCUCGCCGUGCCCAAGAGGGUUAAGCCAAAGCACGCAAAUCCUCCGAGCCUUGGCCACCCCGGAGCGAGAGCCUUGGCAGGGACAGCGAUUCUCGGCUGCAGCAGUUCCAGCCUCGGUGGGACACGGCUGGCACCGUAGCACAAGAUGCAAGGCAGCAGAGAGGUAGAAAAGCAUCGGGCUUUUCUCAGGAGUCGGUGGCCCUGAUCCUCAUUAGGUCGUUAAUUAAAUAUGCAAAGGAGCCUCUGA